AUGAUGAGUUCGGCACAAUCCUCCUUGAUGGAAACCUAUACAGAUUCAGAAGACGAAGAAUAUGUGAGCAAAGAAAGUAUCGCCAUAAGUUUACCAGUUCAAACGAAACAGCCUGAAGUACCAAAAACAAAAGGACCUUUAUCACUAGUAUCAUACCAAGCAGAAGAUGAUGAUACUAUCACUUCUGACGAUGAGCUCCAUGAUGAAGCAACGGCUUUAACUGUUACAUCCGCUGCUACAGGUCACUCAAGUUCUGCUAAUGCUUUGAUUGACCCAAUGUUUAAGGAUGUGGAUCUGCCACCAGAACCAACCGGAACAUGUUCUAGCGAUUUGACAAAAAAGAUUGCAGAAAUGACCGAAUUAAUGAAUUUGAACGGUUGUGAUAUGAAUCUAAUCAUUCAAAAAAGAAAAAGUUUUAGAAAUCCCAGUAUGUAUGAGAAGCUUAUAGAAUACUGUAACAUCAAUGAAUUUGGAACAAAUUAUGAGCGUCGUGUUUAUGAUCCAAUGAAAUGGGGUGAGAGUUCAUAUUACGAUGAACUGGCCAAGGCUCAGAAUGCACAUAUGAAACGAAGAGAAAAGAAGAAAAGAGGAGGGGCAAAAGUUCAAUUUAUAACGGGCACUGCUACGAAUAGCUUUGCAGACACGAAAAAAAAAUCGAAGAAAAGAUAA